CUCGACGUGGAUCUCCACAUGAAGGUCUCUGAACUCGUCUGUCUGGAACGUUCUACUCGUCAACUCCAGCUGUUCUUUAGUUUCAGAGAGAGGUUCACCUCACUUCUAAAGGAGGGACAAAAGAUGGAGACGCCUCAGGAAGUCGUCUUAAGAAUCUUACAAGCCUUGGGAGCUGAGCACUUUGAAACGUUUAAUUGGCACCUGCAGCAGGAAGGAGCCCUCAACGACUUCCCAGCAAUCCCAAGGUGUAAACUGGAGAAAGAAACCCGGCUUAACACCGUGGAUAUGAUGCUCCAGACCUACAGUAAACACAUUAUUGAUGUGACCAGAAUAGUUUUAGUGAAGAUGAAUCUAAAUGAUCUGGUGAAGAAGUUACCGCGUCAUGGAGAAGUCAACACCCCAGAAGAUGAAGAGAUUCGUGCUGAGUGUCAGCAAAACCUCAAAUCUAAGCUAGACAGGAAGUUCCAGCGUGUGUUUGAGGGGAUUGCUAAAGAAGGAGAACAAACCGUUCUCGAUCAGAUGUUCACAGAGAUCUACCUCCUGAAGGGAGGGGCUGCAGAGGUCAAUGAUCAACAUGAGGUCAGACAGAUUGAAACAGCAUCCAGGAAACCAGACAGACCAGAACCAAUAAUCAGACAAGAAGACAUCUUUAAAACCCCACCUGGAAGAGAUGAACCAAUCAGAACAGUGAUGACAACAGGAGUGGCUGGCAUCGGGAAAACAAGUCCACCUCAGUGGGUGUGA